AUGCUGCGCCUGCCCGCGCUCUUCCGCCUGCCCUCCAAGCUACGGCGGCGGGCCCGGCGCCGGAGGAUGACUACCCUAGUCUCCCUGAUUGUCAUCCUAAGCCUGUUUCUACUGCCUUUCUAUGUCGUCUAUAAGCCUCCGCAGUCCCUAAUCCAGUACUUUGCGCGGCGAUGGCCCGACGUGCUGUGGGAGGUUCCUACGGACCAGAAAGUUGUGGCUCUGACCAUCGAUGACGCCCCAUCGGAGCACACACAGGAGAUCCUCGCCGUGCUCAACGGCCACGAGGCCACGGCUACCUUUUUCGUUAUCGGCGGUCAGGUGCCCGGCCGCGAGGAGACGUUAGCAGACAUCGUGCGCAGCGGCAGCGAGCUAGGCAACCACGCUAUGCAUGACGAGCCGUCGCGCGCGCUAUCGGACGAGGAGUUGACGACACAAAUCGAGACGGUGCGCGAGCGUAUCCGGGCUGCGUAUGCGACAGCUAAUAGCGUCGAGCACCCCGAGAUGCCGCCUCAGUACUUCCGGCCCGGAUCGGGUUUCUUCAGCGACCGCAUGCGCGCACUGGUCGACAAGCUCGGAUAUCGCAUCGUGCUUGGCAGCGUGUAUCCGCACGAUGCGCAGAUCAGUUGGUCCUGGCUCAACGCGCGCCAUAUCCUAAGCAUGGUACGCCCCGGUGCUGUGAUAGUGUGUCAUGACCGCCGUGGCUGGACGGCACCGAUGCUGCGGAAGGUGUUGAAGAAGCUGAAGAAAGACGGGUACCGCGUUGUUAGCCUGACGGAGAUGCUCGAGAUAACGGGGCAGCGCUGA